UUGGCAUCUUUAAUCCUGGCCGGCCUUUUGUCUUUCUAAAAAUAAUUAUUUGUGUCAACUGCUGUCUGCUGGAGGAUGAUCUAUGGUAUCCUGUCCACAGUUGCGUGGUUUAUAUAGUUAUUGAUAGCUGAACUUCCAUCAUCACUCAUAGAUACAAACAAUCUCUCCAUUAUACUAAUUACCAGACUUUCAUAUGGCUUUAGAACAAUCACAAGAGCUAAUCCAGCUUCACUUUCUUGUUAUACCCAUGGGAUCUCCAGGCCACUAUAUCCCCACCAUUGACAUGGCCAAGUUACUUGCUCAACACGGUGUUCAAGUCACCAUAGUUGCCACCCCCGUCAACGCCCUCAGAUUCGGGUCAAUCCUCGAUCAAGCAAUCCAGUCAGGUCUUCCCAUAUGUUUUCUUGAAUUCCAACUUCCAUAUAAGGAGUUUGGCUUACCCGAAGGCUGUGAAAGCUUAGACGAUCUUCCUAAUAUGGGAAUGACAGGAGCUCUUAUGCAGGCCUAUAGAUCACUACAAACACAAGUCGAACAGUAUAUUGAAAAGCUUGAUCCUAGGCCAAACUGCAUAUUAGCAGAUACGUUUCUCCUAUGGACAGGUGAAACAGCAAAAAAGUUUCAGAUUCCAAGGAUUAUAUUUGAUGGAAUGAAUUGCUUAACACAGAUGUGUAACCAUGUUUUAUACUUCUCAAAGGUAUAUGAAAGUGUAGGCGAGUCGGAAUCAUUCGUUUUGCCUGGUCUGCCUGAUCAUAUUGAACUAAAAAGAUCCCAACUUCCUUUUGCAUUCAGUUCAAGCCAUGAAGCUGUGAUUGAUUUUCAUGAAAAGCUUCGAGCAUCGGAAUCCGAAGCGUAUGGAGUAGUUGUUAACAGUUUUGAGGAGUUGGAGCAAGGCUAUGUUGAUGAAUAUCAGAAAGUGAAAGGAGAUAAAGUUUGGUGCAUAGGGCCAUUAUCACUAUGCCACAAGGAUGAAUCAGAGAAGGUCCAGAGAGGUAACAAGUCAUCAGUUAACAAAGAUGAGUGUCUCAAGUGGCUAGAUUCCCAAGAAAAUGGUUCCGUGAUCUAUGCGUGUUUAGGAAGCAUUAGUCGGGUUGAGCCUGCACAACUUAUAGAGCUUGCUCUAGCUCUAGAAUCAUCGAAAAGACCGUUCAUUUGGGUAGUUAGAGCAGGUCAUAAGACUGAGAAGAUAGAAAAAUGGAUAGAUGAAGAGGGGUUUGGAGAGAGAACCAAAGAUAGAGCAUUAUUGAUCCACGGGUGGGCUCCACAACUGUUAGUCUUGUCACAUCCUGCGGUUGGAGGGUUUUUGACUCACUGUGGGUGGAAUUCUAUUCUAGAAGGGGUUUCUGCUGGUGUCCCUUUGGUAACAUGGCCUCAGUUUCAAGAGCAAUUCUACAAUGAGAAGUUAGUUGUACAAGUGUUGAGAACUGGAGUUAGUGUUGGUGCUCAAAAAAUUUCAGAGCUUUGGGUUGAUGAAGAUAAGUCUGGAGAGUUGGUGAAGAGUGAGGCAUUUUUAAAUGCUAUAGAGAUGGUAAUGGAAGAAGGGAAAGAAGGAGAAGAGAGAAGAAAGAGAGCUAAAGAACUCGGUAAGAUCGCGGAUAAAGCAAUAGAAGAUGGAGGAUCUUCCCACCGAAACAUGACUCGAUUAAUUGAAGAUAUCAAGAACCAAGCAAAUAUAGGAAAAUAAGGUUAGAAGAUUGAUAGUGUUCAUUCCCAUUUGAGCUUAUUAUUUCUAUGAUGUAUUUUAUUAAUUCAAUAAAUUAUAUUAUGCCCCUUCUCAUGCUCUC